AUGAUGAACCUUUCGAUUGCCGGAAGUACUAGCAACAACGAUCAACUGCUUGAUCACUCACAUCUCAAGCCUGGAAGUAAAGCCUCUCUUUUAUCUUACAACCAGACCAUCAACAUGUACAGAGAAAACGCCAAAAAGACAAACAGCCCAGAUAUCCAGUGUGACUUUGCAAUCUUCAUGGUUGAGGCCGCAAAGUCUAUCGUCGACGAUGACACCACUCGCUCAGAGUACCUUGCAGAAGCAGAAAAGCUGUUAAAACAACUGUCUGCACGUGGCCAUGCAGAGUCUCAGUACUAUCUUGGAAACCUCUAUGCUUCAGGAUUGUUGAGUAAAAAGGGUAAGAACGAUUUUGACAAGGCGUUUCCUUUGUUUGUCCAGGCUUCCAAACAUAGCCAUGCCGAUGCUGCUUUUAGAACUGCCAAAUGCUAUGAAGAUUCUCUAGGCUGUCGCAAGGAUAGUUCAAAAGCACUCCAAUUCUACAGAAAGGCAGCCGCACUCAGUCAUCCUGGUGCCAUGUAUCGAUUGGGUUUGGCAGAGAUUAAUGGAGAGCUCGGGAUUUCGAAGAAUCCAAGAGACGGUGUAAAGUGGUUAAAGAGAGCAGAAGAAGGUGCUACAUCAGAAUACCCGCAUGCUAUCCACGAAUUGGGUCAAUUGCAUGAAAAGGGUAUUCCAAAUAUCGUGUUUGUUGAUCUGGAUUAUGCCGUGUCUCUUUAUGCCCAAGGCGCUGAGCUAGGCUACGCACCUUCUGCUUUCAGACUUGGUGAGUGUUAUGAGUAUGGAAAACUCAACUGCAAGCAAGACCCAGCCCUAUCGAUCCACUACUACACAAUUGCUGCUCAGCAGGGCCACAGAGAAGCAUGUUUUGCUUUGACGGCCUGGUAUCUUGUCGGAUCACCCCACGUACUUCCUCAAUCUGAUGAAGAAGCCUAUCUGUGGGCAAAAAGAGCAGCAGAAAAGGAACUUCCAAAGGCAGAGUACGCAGUUGGAUACUUUACAGAAUCUGGUAUUGGUACCCAGAAGAAUCCUGUUGAGGCCAUGGAGUGGUAUAAAAAGGCAGCAGAGCAUGGUGAUAAGCGUGCAAUUCAAAGAUUGCAAGGAAAACCGAGCGAUCAAAAGACAAGUAAAAAGAAGGACGGCAAGGAUGAGGACUGCACUAUCAUGUAA